GUUUGUAAUUUACAUAUUUUUUCUUUCCUUUUUUUUUUUUGGUCUGUUUUCAAUUCCCCUCGAACGAUCUGUGUUUUCUUCCUCUUCCUUCUUCUCUCCCCCGCUACUGACUUUUUAUUCAAAUUUUUUCAGUAACAGACACACUCAGGUUUUCAAUUUCUCAGAGCUUUUGAUUUUCACGAUGGAAAUGGCGGAAGGAGAAGGAACUACAGAGGAGCACUACGACGUAGACAUCACGACAACCGCUUCUUCACUCGGCGGCUCCGGCGUCUUCCAUAUCAUCAAUGACAUAGUCGGUUUCGUCCUCUAUAUGCACCAGCAGAUCCCUUCGGUAUUACAAGACAUGACUCUUGAGUUUGAUGGAUUGCAAACAGAAUUUACGGAUUUGGACGCUAGUCUUACAGAACCUGAAGUAAAACCACUUGUCAGAAGAAAACUAGUGAGUAGAAAGAGGGAGGUGAAGAACGAGAUUAAGAAACUGGAGAGACUGAUGAAAGCCAUCUCUAGUCUCCGAAGUGCGCUGCAGUUAAUGAUCCGUGAAGCUCCUGGCAUUCAGAAAGUCGUGUUGAUUCUUGGUGGCAGUCCAUUACGCCCUCAAAAAGCUUAUGAGUUGUUAUUCACACAACACAGUAGUAACUAUGUUCUGGGAUACGAAGGUGACUUUGCUAAAUCUAAAGCUGCAGAAGCACUUUCAAAAAAGACUAUCCGAGCACUUAUAUCAACGGGUGCUGGAUCAACUUCCUACCCAGGUCCAAUGAGGCUCUUCAUAUUGGUUCAUGCUCCACCUUCUUUGAAUCUUCCCCAACAUUUCCUUCCUAAACGAGAUUUCAAAUACAACAGAAAGUUUGUGCCUUCAAAGUUGAGAUUCAAGUGCAGAACUCAAGACAAUGCUACAAGUUCUUCCGUCAACUCUAACACAAGUGAUUUAAUAUGGUUUCAGUGUCGACAUGUGAUAAAGGGCUUAGCUUUCCAUCAACCAGUAGAGGAAUAAGACGUGAGAGAUUUGUUUCUCUAUAGUGUCUACUGUUGUAACUAAAACAUGUAGCAGACUAGCAGAUUUUUAGAUACAAACCAGCAUUUUUGUAUUAAAUCUAAUCUUGAGAUCCCAUGGACUUCUAUGUGGUGUUUAUUCACCUCAAGGAAAAAGAACAUGCUUAUUGUGUAAAAUAACCAAGAUUAUUGGGUUAUUGAUAUAAUUUUUCUGUUUCUUUUUGGACAGUAUAAAAA